UGCUAAUAAAGUUUGUUCAAUGCCCAUUCUCUCAUAUCUCGAGUUGUGGUCCCUCUGUAUGAAGGCGGAGCUUCUAGCCAUCGCUUGCUUUAUCAGACAAACGUUGAAGUUCGUUGCGUCGCUAUUCAUUUCAGUGCAGGGAAUGGAAAGCUUUACUCGGGUCAUCAUUAUUAUUGUAGCAGGCGCUGCUCGAGGUCUCGGUUAUGAACUCUCCGGCUACGUGAGUGCCGAGAACACAUUACAGGUUUUCUGGAUUCUAACAGUGCAUUUGAAGUGUAAUAAAAAUCGUUGCUUGCUGCACUAACGUCUGUAUUUAAGACCCUGAUGCGUAUUUUAUACCGCUCUGAAAUGUUUACUAUAGACAGCAUACUUUCUUCGAAGAAGAAGGAUGAAUCUGUACAGAGUUCCAAGGACGCUUCCCUUACCUCUUUGGGAGAUUUCAAUGAAGUCAUUACAAGAAUUCCAACGACUUCUAACAUUUCCGACUCGCCGGUCACCACAAUCGCCAAACCUGUCGCUGUUAGACCCGGUGUAAUUAUUGAACCGUCGCUAGGAUUUCUGAGACCAACGUCUUCAACUCGUGAUAGAUCUCGUGCAUCUUUUUCGUCAGCUGAAGAUGAAGUGUUCACGAGACCACAGACGUCACCUCUUAAUUUACACACUUCCACCACGCGACCUUCACCCACGAAUGCAGCUUCCGACUUCUCUACCGAAGACAUCGACGUGUGCAGCUCGGAAUCUCCGAUUUCUGUAGGAUCCGACAGACUUCGGUCCCCUAGUUAUUGUACUUCUUCUACGGUUUCACCGAUUGGCCUUGUUUCCCAGACUGAUUCAAUGUUGAGGAGACCUGAUUUUCUUGCUGUUUCUUCUCGCCACUCAGCUUCCAUUGAAGCUCGGAUGUAUUUUUCUCGACAUCGAUCGUCUACUAGUAGCACAACUCCAAGUGAUCCAUCACCUACCAGUGGUGAUCAGAUGUUCCCGGCACCGAGUGGUUAUGGUGAAUUCGAUGAUUACCCAUACUCGACCCCUACUUACCGAUUCCCUUUGCCUGUAGUAACUAGCCAUAGUCAAGAAUUUUUACGAGCCCCUCAUUUCAUGACUCCCAGAAUCGGACCAAGCGGAGAAAUUUCCUCGCCUCGGCUGAUGGGAUCAUCUUUGAUGCGUGAUUUACCAUCGACCAGCAAUAUGUCAAUGUGGAGACAUCUCUGCGAACGCAGGCCAGCUCAGCUCUGUUCAGUUUUUGAUCCCGGCGCAGCGUAUCCUUACCCGGGACCGGUGCCCCCUAGAAGGAGAGGCGGUCAGGUUCGGUUCUCAGGCCUACAGACGCGGCGGUUGGAGGAGGUGUUUGAGGUACAGAAAUACAUCACGCCCGGACACAGGAGACAACUCGCGCAAGAACUUGCGCUGCACGAGCGACAGGUUAAAACUUGGUUCCAGAACCGCAGAGCGAAGCAUCGGAAAGUUUCAGCUCAUAGCGAAGGCGGCGCUGCCGAAGGAGGGGCGGCCGGUUCUUUGUCAGCUCCAGGGACCUCGUCUCUACCUCCCGGGCGAUGUCAUGAACAGGAAAUGGACGAUGAUGACGAUGAGGAAGAGGAUGACGACCAGCAACCUUCUACCUCGUCGCGUAAAUGA